CCAAUGGCGGGCGACGUUGCGCGGAUGCGCGAGCUUCUCGCGCUGAGCCUGCGUGCGCCGGAGCCGCAGCGUUCGGCGGCCGAGAAUGACCUGCAGCAAUUACAAAAGGCGCCCAUUACCGCUCCGUUCCUUGCUGCCCUGCUGGACAUGUGCGUUGCCGUGCCCAACGCUGAAGGAACGCCGCGCAACCUUGCGCAGCUGGCAUCUGAAGACGCUGACGUGCGCCUGCUUGCUGUUCUGUGGCUGAAGCACUUCCUCAAGGCUCAGUGGAGAGCACGCAAGGCCACGAACCUUCUAUCGGACGAGGAGCGCGCCCACGUGCGUGGCGUGUUGCUGUUUGCGUCGCUGCACGAGCCGCAGCAGACGGUGGCUUUGCAUUUGGCGCUGAUUGUCGCCACGAUCGCGCGUGCAGAGUUCCCAACCCAAUGGAGCUUCGAUACUCUCUUCCCAAUGAUGAUACAGCCAUUGAGACGGCUGAACGGAGUUGUGGAUCUGUCAAGAGAGCGACGAGGAGUCGACGUCUGCUACCGCGUGGUUAAGGAGCUGGCGGCCAGACGUCUCAUGCAGCACCGUAAACAAUUUGCUAUACUCAGUGUGGAGCUGCUGCCCCUAUUGCUUCAAUACUGGACAGCGACGGCCACACAGCUCAACAGCUUCUUACAGAGUCAAGGAGUGGCUGCUGAUCAGACAAAUAACGAGAAAACAGCGACUAUUGCAACGGCGUUAAUGACUACUGGUGCAGAGCAGCUGAAUGUGUUAGUGACGACCACGAAAAUCAUCUCGACGAUGCUGCUCAAUGCGUUCAGGGAUCUGUCGGCAUUGCAGAAUGGAGAGCCCAUGCGAUCGGCACUUGUGGAGUUCUACAACCAGUUGGAGAAGCUGGUGAAGUUCCGACAGGCUUUUGUUGGAGACGCAGGCGCUGCAGAUGUGGAGGAGGCGAUACAGACGCUCGACAAGUGCAUGCACCGUAUUGCAGCCAUUGUCGUGGGUGUGCAGAACUCGUAUCCGAUGGAGUUUCGCGAAUAUUUGCCGCCGUAUCUUACGCUGUUCUGGAACGUGCUUACAGCGUUCGCUUCCGUCAAUAUGACAGUGCUUCCGUCGCCCAGGCGACUCCAGAUCGAUGCGCUCCAGUUCUUUGCUAACGUACUGAGCUGUCGGUUGUACAAGAAUGAGAGUCUCUCAGGUCCUGAUGGCACAACUCGGGUAAUUACGAAGGUGAUCACGGCUACUGGAGACGUCGCACUGACGGAUGCCAUGGUUCUUGAAGCGCAAACGGCAGUGCAGACGUUCUUCACACAGACCGAGAAUCGCUUUGCGUCCAUGCUGAAUCUAGUAGUGAUGCACUACAUGACUCUGACUGCUAAGGAUCUGGAUGAGUGGCAGAGCGAUCCAGAAGCCUAUUGUACGCUCAUGGAGAGUCUGACAGCGAAGGAAUCGGUGCGUGCCUGUGCUGAGAAUGUUUUCUUGACGUUGGUACAGAACUUCCCAGACCAAACGAUCCCAGCACUGACCCAGAUAACCUCCAGUGCCUCGUCGUAUUUGGUAGAACUGGGUCGUGGGCUGAUAUCUGCUGGUGAUGAUCGACACAUUCUCGAAAUGGAUGCUGUGCUGCUUGCUAUCGGUCUGGGCUGCUACGAUCUCCACGACUGCUUCGAGUUUGAGCCGUGGUUUCUGACCAAUCUCGUACCAAUCCUCGUCAACCAAGACCCUGCAGUUGGCUCGUUCCACGGGCUUCCAGUUCUGCGCUUCCGGAUCGUUUGGCUCGUAAGCUGUUGGUUAGCGCAGCUAUCGGCAAAUGUACGGCCGCCACUGUACGAUUCGUUGCUGAACCCGUCGGCUUCUUUCCACCAGGCAGACGCCGAUGUUGCGCUGAAGCUGCGUGUUAUUCAGACGCUCGAGUCUAUGGUGAACGACUGGGGAUUCGAGCACGACGCGUUUGCUCCAUUCCUGCCGCGAGCACUGGAGUGUUUGUUUGCGUUCUUUCCACAGGCUGACGAAUCCGAGAGUAAAAUGAAGGUAUUGGGCUGUUUAGAGGCAAUCAUCCAAGCUUGUGGUGCACAGAUUGUAAGCUUCUGCCACCAGAUUAGUGCACCUCUGCCUGCACUGUGGACGAACGAGAGUGACGCGAGCAACUUGGUUCGUGGGAAGAUUCUCCAGCUGAUGGCUAAGCUUCUGUCCAGUGUGAAGGAAGCACCUUCAGUGGAGACUGGCAGCGUACAGACAUUGCUGGAUAUGUGCGUGCAGGUGGUUCGCUUUGCUACCGAUGUGUCAAAUCCGGACGAAGUUUUCUUGAUGGAAAGUGGACUGGAGUUGUGGAAUGAGACGCUGGAAGUGUCUACAGUGUAUACUGAAGAGCUUCACCUACUAUUUGGCAAUGCGUUGCGGUUAAUGGAGCGCGACUACGAACACGUAGUGUUAGUGUUGAGUUUAUUGGAGCACUACUUACGACUCGGCAAGGCACAGUUCUGGCAGGCCUAUCACAGCAAUGUUUCUGGUCUUUUACAAAGUGUGAUCGGCAACGUGAAGGCGGAAGCUUCUCUGCAGAUUGCCCAAGUGACUGAGAUUAUCGUCGCGACGGUCCCCAUCGAUCAGGUGACGGUGUUCUUGCCAGUAGUGAAGACUAUGGUGGAAGCUUGCAUCAGUUUCCAGCAGGGGGAGGCCAAGCACGAGCCAGAUAGUGUACUUGCUGGCUAUCUGAGCGUUGUGGCUCGACUGAUGAUGAUCAACUUGGACUUCACAUUGAAGAACCUGCUGGUGAAUGAUCACGCGGUGCUGCUGGUGCUUGUGGACGCGAUGCUCAAGUUGUUUUACACUGUCGGAUCAUCCCCGUUGACACUUUUACGACGGAAAGUAUGGGCACUUGCGUUGUGCUCGACGUUGAUGUUGAUGGAGCAGCCAUUAUUAGAGAAGACCGGCCAGAUUCUGGAGAUUUGUGUCGAAGUGAUAGAAGACGAGCAAGAGGAGCAGAGGCUGAAGCAGGCAGCUGCUGCUAAUAGUGAUGAAGAUGGAGCUCGAUCCGGGGUGUAUCGCGCUUUCCAGGCUCACCACAGAAAUCAACAGCAGGCGCCGAAUGAAGAAGAUGCUCCUGUAUUAGCGUUAGACUUGAAGGGUUUUGUCUGCGAAAGACUGAAUGAUAUCGCAGCAAAACUAGGUAGCGGUGCUUUCGACCAACUGCUGCAAACAGUGGACUCGUCGGUGCUGCGCAAAUUCCGCUCAUAGACUAGCUGUGAUAAUGGUAGAACGCAAUUUUUGAUCGUGAAAUUAUCAAGUGGUCACCCGUGUCUUAAGUAGUUUCCAAUAACCUUCACGCUGAUAAGAAUAGAGCUCUAAUUUAAUGAGACCACUUUUCUGCCACAUUUGCCA